CGUCUAUCGCCCAAGUAUGGUUCAGGUUAUACAUUUAUGUUUUUUUGCAUACAUAGGAAUCUCCCAGUUUGAACAUUUUUGUAUGUCAGUGUCUACAGAAAAACCUAAAAAUGGUUCUAAGGUACUAUUCAUUGACAAGCCUAUACCAGAUAGUGUGGCAGCAAGUCAAUCACAAGUAAAUGAGAUUGAUCAUGAUUAUUCUGGAAAAUUACAACGUCACAAGAACUCAAAUUAUCUUCCAUCUAGUAAAGAUUAUAACAAAGGACACUAUUUGGGCGGGGGACUACAUACUAAUUACUAUGGACCAAUAGGUGACGGCAAUUUUUAUUAUGAUGAUAAGCCUAAUGAUUACUAUAGUCCUCAUUACCAUGGUCCACCAGGCGACACUUACCAUGAAUAUCACGGACCACCAACGGCCCCAGGAGGUAGUGGUCAUAGCAUUUUCGAACUUGACAAACAACCUUUGGUUGUGCCUUUAGCAGGUAUAGCAUUGUUAGGUGCCUUAGCCGUCCUCAUCAACAACCCGUUAUUGUUACGUUUGGGUCCUUUGCGUAAAAGGCGGGAUGUGACCGAAGACAAUGGCGUACUAAUAGCAGAAUCGAUAAAAAAAUAUUUAGACAUGCUAAAUGACAAAGAAAAAUCCAAUUGUUGGAUGUGUAAUGUAUUAGCGAGUGUCUAUGACGAUCAGUCCAUGUGCUUAGAAAGAUCCGUUUGUGAAGCAAUGUCACGCACUUCUCCGGAAGCUGAAAUGGAUAAAGAAGUAUUAAGCAAUAUGGUCUCAGGAGUGCUAAAAAACAGAAACAUCCCAUCGAAGUUCAAGACACGUUUAGAGUCGGCCGUGUUGAGCGGCAGAGUUACAAAGUCAUGUACGCAGUACACGUGCGGAAAAAUGUAAAAAAAAAAUAAGACGGUUGUUUACAUUUAUAACACAAUAUAAUCAUUUUUGUUUUUUUUUUCUUUUAUAUUGUACAUACUUUAUCAAAUACACAUUGCACAUUGAAAAAAAUUCGUCGACACAUUCAAUAAUUUUGACUAAUAAAAACAUUGUAUAAUUAAUAAAAAAUAUAUUGGUUUGUCUUUGUUU